AUGGCUGAUUACGAGCGCCGGAACAACGGCUACCGCGGCGGCGGUGGCGGGCGCAAGCGCCGUUACAGAGAUGACGAUGACUACGAUCGCCGACCCCAGAGAAGAAAAUAUGAAGAGCCUCUGUUUGUCCAGGUUCGGCGUCAGUUGCUGACAAUCGCGGAAUCGGCGGUGCGACGAGUCGAAGAUGAUAUCGUUGGAAUUGCAAAGUCUGUGGCCGAGCAUUAUGAGGAUGAGGAGUUGCGCGACACAUUCAUUAACAUCUCGUUGGACCUUGUCCGCGAGCAACCUAUGAAGAUUCCCUUUGUCGCCGCCAUUACGUUGGUUACGCAUAACCUGAAGCCGGAGCUUGGAGCGGAGGUCUUGAAGAAAGCCGGCGGACUCUUGCAGAAAUACAUCGACACAGGAGCCUGGCGCGAGGUCAAGCUACUUGUUCGGUUCCUCGGUUGCUUGCAAGCCAUGUUUGAAGGUGACGGUGUUUUUCCACUUCUGGAAGAGUUCUUUGCUCGUGCGGUGGAUCUCCAGACCGCGUCUUCUGAAGAUCUGCUCGGAUUGGAACUAGUCAAGAUUAUUCUCUUCACAAUCCCCUACGUGAUGUCGUCCCCUGCGACUGGUUUUGAAACCCAGGCCUCGGCGCUUCUUGACAAGACCGAUAUCAUCGCGUCCACCCCUCACGCCCUCGUCGAUCUCGUGAAUACUUUCAGCCCUGAUGAGAACAAGGAGGCAGCUGGUCCCAGUGUGAUCAGCCUGAUGCAGACCCAACUCCAGGCCGAGGCCGGCCGCGGCUGGGAAUUGAAGUGCCUUCCCCGUCCGUGGAAGAGUGUGCAAGAGAGCAACGAAGAUGAAUCAAAGCCCUUUGAGGUUGCAAGCAAGAUCCCUUUUCCGGAAAUCAAUGUCCCAAAUCCGGUUCUCCAUGGCAGUCACCCGCUUUUCCCAGAAGUCUACCUCUCGGUAUAUGCCGAUCAGGAUAUCAACACCGUGCCCCCAACCUCGGAUAUUACAUCCUCUCUGUUGAGAGAAGUCCUGGUUGAUACGAUCAAUCUCCUCGACUUUAACAGAGUUGCCACGGCUAAGUAUCUGAUUGACAUCGACUGCUACUUUACCCCUCACACAUUCGUCAAACGUGCAACUACCUUCGACCGCAUGCGUGAUCUGGCUGGCGAAGGCCAAUCAUGGAAGCCAGAGGAUGUCGCCGUGGAUGCAGUCUUCUCCCAGCUGUACCAACUGCCUACUCCGGAGCACAAGCUUGUUUAUUAUCACUCCGUAUUGACUGAAUGCUGCAAGAUCGCUCCGGCAGCCAUUGCGCCAAGUCUGGGCCGUGCUAUCCGCUACCUGUACAACAACCUCCAGACAAUGGAUUUGGAGCUGAGCAACCGUUUCUUGGAUUGGUUCGCUCACCAUCUGAGCAAUUUUGGUUUCACGUGGAAGUGGAGCGAAUGGAUUGACGAUCUUGAGCUCCCUGCCGUUCAUCCCCGGAUGGCCUUCAUCAAUGGUGCACUUGAUAAGGAAAUUCGACUGAGCUUUGCCCAGCGUAUCAAGGGUACUCUCCCGGAGCCUUACAUCCCCCUUAUCACCGAGGGCAAAGAGAAGGAUACCCCCGAGUUCAAAUACCUUUCCGAGAGUAAGUCCUCCUUUUUCACGAAUAUUGCAUCCCGGAAAUCGCAUCUAACGACAUGGAAAGUGACGCCCUACUCUAAGGAAGGGCAAGAACUCAACCAACUGAUCCGAAAGAAAGCUGGUGACGACGAAAUUCAACCCGUAAUCGCCGCCAUCGAAGAGCAAGCCCAGGAUCUGGGCGUUGAAGAUCCCAAGGUGCCUUCCACAGAUGCCUUCGUCACAUCGAUCUGCUUUGCUGGCUCCAAAUCCCUCUCUCAUGUCCUGUCUUGCAUCGAACGGAACAAAGAGCGUCUCCUUGCCAUAGGCCCAGCCUCCCAAGCAGCCCGCUGCCAGAUUAUUACCUCUGUCAUGGAAUACUGGACCGACCAACCCGGCAUCGCAAUCAAUAUCAUCGACAAACUCCUCAACUACACCAUCCUCAGCCCCCUCUCGGUCCUUGAAUGGGCUCUCUCCGAAAACAUGGCCGCGGGAACUAUUCUCGCGAAGCCGCACAUCUUCGAAAUGAUUUCCGCAACAGUCGGUAAAGUCACGAAUCGCAUGCGUCAAAUUGUCACUGCCCGCACACAGCCCGGUAUCUACGAGCCCCAAUUGAGCAUUCUGGAUGAGACACUUUCCCGGGAGCGUGCCGAUAUGCAGUCUCUUUUCAGAUUUAUCGAGGAUGCGAUUGUCUCCGUUGCCGCUGGAAGCAAUGAUGAACAGAUGGAGCGUGGCGAUGGUAGUGGAGAUUUGCCUGAAGAUGCCAUUAUUCGUCAGUGGGGUCGUCGCUGGUUGAGAGUCUUCCGUCGCAAGGCCGGUGUUGAAGAGUCUUUCAUUAACGGUGCCCUGGUCAAUGCUACGCCAGUUGGAACAGUUGCUCCGCAGCAGGAUACCCCUGCCACCGAAGAUGGAGAUGUCCAGAUCGAAGAUGCUGACAACCAGUAA